AUGGGCGGCAUAGGGAAGACAACUCUUGCCAAGUUUGUCUACAACCAAAUUGUGGACAACUUUGAAAGUAAUUCCUUCCUAAAAGACAUCCGAGAGACAUCCCGAAAUCCUAGAGGCCUUCAAUACUUACAAAGUAAAUUUGUCUCUGACAUAUUGAGGCGUGAGCCAGAGGACUAUGUUAAUAAACAGGAAGAAAUCAGUGUGCUUAAGGAAAGGCUUCGUUAUAAGAAAGUUCUAAUCCUUCUCGAUGAUGUCGAUCAUGUUAACCAAAUUAAAGCCCUCAGAGAAGCUUUUGGUUGGUUUUGCCGAGGAAGUAGGAUCAUCAUCAUGACUAGAGAAAAGACAGUUCUAGGUCAAUUUCAAGUGCAUGAUCAGUAUGAAGUUGCAUUACUGGAUAGAGAUCUAGCAUUCGAGCUCUUCGGCAGGCAUGCAUUUGGAGAUAAGUUCUGCAGACCUGACUUGGUCGAACAGGCUUGGGAUAUCGUGAUCAUAACGUGA